AUUUCCGCUGGGUGUUGAGCUAAACCCUAUAUAAGGUCCUCACUAGCAAUUCUCAGUCUGAUAUCUUUUCAUGAGAAGCUAAUGGCUGAGAGACUGCGGAACCACAGAUUUCAAGACGCUUUCUCUCGGCCUUCUCCUUCUGAUUUCCUCUGGGACAAAAUGCAUGGGCUUUUCUUUGUCCUGGUGCUGUGCACAGCCGGCGCCUCUGCUUUCAGACUCCAUCAAGUCAAAAGCACAGAGAAGUGCCCAGAUCACACCGUGUUUUACAAACACUACUAUGAACUACAUGGAGAACCUGUGGUUCUGAAAUGCCCUUCCCCCAGAUACAAACAUCUGGAUUUUUCUGCCUUGACCCCUAAUAUCACAUGGUAUAAAAAUGGUUCAAACACCAUGAUAUCAGGAAGAGAUGAAGAUCCAAGAAUCUGGGCAAACGGAGAUGCACUCUGGUUGUUGCCAGCAAUGCUAGAAGACUCAGGAGUAUAUAUCUGCACCAGAAGGAACUCCUCCUACUGUGCCGAGGUCUCCAUCCACCUCACGGUCGUGGAGAAAACAGCUGCUCGGGAGAUUGCCUAUCCCCAGGUCCUCUUCACUUUCACCUCUGGAAAGAUUGUUUGCCCUGACCUGUGGGAUUUUACGCUAAAUAAGACAAGCUUGGAGCUCAAGUGGUACAAGGAUGCUCUGCCUUUGGAAGACAUGAAUGAAAAAUUCGUAAUUCUGAAAGGUUCGACUUCUCUGAUCAUGACUUCUGUGCUACCAACAGACGCUGGCUACUAUACCUGCAAGGUGUCAUUUCCGUAUGACGGCGUAAUGUAUGAAAUCACCAGAACAAUCCAACUGAAGACUGUUGAAAAAGAAAAGAUAAUUACCCCAAUAAUUGUGUAUCCAACGCAAAAGACAACAUCAGCUGCGCUUGGCUCCAAGAUGACUCUCCCGUGCAAAGUGUUUGUUGGCCUGCCCAGCCACAUCCAUACCGAUGUGGAAUGGCUGGCGAAUGACACCACCGUCAACGUCGUUUACAAGCAAAGCAGAGUUACAGAGGGGGAACGACAAGAAAUUGUAGAAAAUGGUGAAAACUUCAUUGAAGUGCCUCUGAUUUUUGAUUCUGUCGAAGAAGUGGAUUUUUACACAGACUUUACGUGUCUGGCCCACAACAGAUACGGAUACCAAGUACUGCCAACAAGGGUCAAGCAGGAAGCUGUUGGCUUGUCCUGGUACGUUGCAAUGAUUCCUGUCGCACUGGCCUGCGUGAUCCUGGGGGGGAUAUGCAUACACAAGUGCUGGAAGCAGAGAGACAACAAAGGAUACACAGCAGCAAAGGUUUAAAAUCUGCUGUAUUCUUCAGCUGCCAACAGAACAAAAAUCAUCCUGGCUAUCUUUCACGUGAGACACAGGGUGACAUUUCAGACCAAACUGCCUUCCCAGCGGAUUGAUAUACCAGCUGUUUUCCUCUUCUCCAAGUCUUCUACGAUCUGAUUGAGUUAUAAAUAUAAGUUUGCAUUUUUAUGCUGCCUAGAUGCAGGAGACCUGCUUCUGUUAUUUUGCAGCCAGGGUGCAAUCUUUAGCAUUUUGGAAUAUAGAGCACCAGGAACAUGCCCUGGAUAUGGGAAGGGUAGGGAGAGGGAGGUGCUCUUCCACUUUGUAAUUCCAAUUGUCUUAUU